UCUUCAACAAGGCCUUUAUUAGAGGGAGGCGUGACGUCUUUAACGAGACGCUCGCUCGACGCUGGGACCUUCCGGACCGCCUGAACAACGAAACGGUCCUGCAAUUACUGAACUAAAGAGGAACAUCCAUAAUCCUUACCAAAGAAGGAUUACAUUUUUCUUAUUGUUUUUUUAAGGAUUCGAUUAUGGCUACUUAGACGCCUACAAAGGGGAUGUCCAAGACGGGGGGAGGGGUUUGAGAGCACAUAUCCCUUGGUCUGUAUGUGUGUGUGUGUGUGUGUGUGUGUGUGUGUGUGUGUGCGCGCUUGAUUUAUUUAGUUUAUAAUGUUUGUACAAAUAAUCACAAACAACAUGUUAAAGUUUGAAUGGCUGCAUAAUAUAUUAGACAUGUCUGAUCUGAAUAUUCAAUCUAAUACAGUGUAUACUGAUCCUGGGUGAUGUGAUCGCAGUGUAAUAUUCUGAUAAUUGAUUUGAGGAUGCAUUUUAACUAUGCUUUUUAAAAUAGCCCGUCCUUUUUGUACUGCACAGGCUGUGUUUGGUUGGACGUACUGUACAUCCACUGGGACUCUAACUGAAGAAGAAAUAUUGAGGUUUCAGCAGUUAAAUGCUCAGAGGUGGUACUCUCUACUAGGUACAUGUAAAAUAGAUCCAGGUGUGAAGUAGAGCCUCAGGCUACAUGUAGGGGUUUGGAUGUUUCAGGAGAAUUAAUGUCAAACAUAUCCAGGGACAUGUCAUGCAGUUUGUAUCCAAUACUGUGUGAGGAUGGUGGUCGCUGGACGGGUAGUUUUGUUUCUUCUGCACUAAGUUUUGCACUUAGCCAAGCUUCACUUUCUUUUUUACCAUCUCUUCUCUGGUUCGGUAGUUUGAGUUUAGCACCUCCUCCUACUCUCCUCCCCCCGGAGUCUAUUUAACUAUUUUCUGUUGCAGUAUGAGUCAGUGUGUAUGUGUGAGAAUCUGAGACCUUGGGUUUUCUCAAACCCCUCUCCCUUGGAAGGACAUCUCUUUUGCCCUAAUAUUUCUUAAACUUAAAUUUAAAAAAAAUGGAAACUCUUGUUCAACUCAAAACCAACCCGUUUUUGUUGGGUUUGUGUCGCAACGGGCCUCCUCCUGACCUGCAGUAUGACAACUCCUCCGAGCUCUUCCGCAUUUCCACCUUUGCUCGAUUCCCCGCUUCGGGAGUCACGGAGCGCAGUUUGGCGAGGGCGGGUUGGUUCUACACCGGCGUGGGCGACCGGGUGCAGUGUUUCCGGUGCAACGUGACGGCGGAGGGCUGGCAGGCCGGAGACUGUCCCACAGAGAAACACAGACAGCUCUCUUCUUCCUGCUCCUUCAUCCAGAGCCUCCCAUCCACAGCCAAUCUGCUCUCCUCCUCGCACUCCGCCUUCUCCCCUCUCCGCAUUGCCCCAGCCAUACCACUUUCUGGUCCAGGCCCAGCAGCUCCUAACCCGACCGCAAGCCAAGGUGAAGAGCCCGUCGGCUACCUAAAUAUGGGCUUCUCUGCUCCACUGCCCUCCAGCCCACUCGCCUCUCGCGGCGUGGAGGACAUGUCCCACCAGAGACCGAUAUGCCACAACCCCAGCAUGCGCAGAGAGCAGGACCGCCUGGACACAUUCCACCCCUGGACGCUCUCCAUCAUAACUCCAGCCGAGCUCGCCAAGGCCGGCUUUUACUACCUGGUCCAGGGCGACCGAGUGGCCUGCUUCAGCUGUGGUGGACAGUUGAGUAACUGGGAGCCAGGUGACCGAGCUGUAUCGGAGCACCAGAGGCAUUAUCCAAACUGCCGAUUUGCGCGCGGCGACAGAGCCGACAACGUGCCGCUGGCUGGAGCUGCGGCGGCGUCUGGAGGAGUAACUUCUCAACUGUCCUCAGGAGCCGCGGCCCUCAGUAACGUGUCGAACCCGGCCAUGCAGCAGAGCGACGAGAGGCUGCUCACUUUUGUCAACUGGCCUUCUCGUAUCCCCGUCAGGCCCGACCAGCUGACUAAAGCCGGCUUCUACUAUGUCGGCCGCAACGACGACGUCAAGUGUUUCUGCUGCGAUGGAGGCCUACGGUGCUGGGAGUCGGGAGAUGAUCCAUGGGUGGAACAUGCUAAAUGGUUCCCUAGGUGUGAAUAUUUGCUCCAGGAGAAGGGACAAGAGUUUGUUCACCAGAUUCAGGCUCGCUUCCCUCGGCUGUUUGAGCAGCUUUUACCAAAUGGAGACAGCAGCUCCAGAGAGUUUGUGGAUCCACCUGUGGUUCACCUCGGGCCAGGAGAGGAGCGAUCCGAGGACGCCGUCAUGAUGAACACCCCCGUGAUUAAGUCUGCUUUAGAAAUGGGCUUCGAGCGCAAUCUCGUCAAGCAAACGGUCCAAAGCAAGAUCCUGACCAGCGGAGAGAACUACAGAACAGUCCAGGAACUGGUCCUGGACCUGCUGAGUGCCGAGGACCAGAAAAGGGAGGAGGAGCGAGAGAUGGUGGCAGAGGCGAUGGCAUCAGAUGGUUUCACCUUUGUGAAGAGACACCAGGCGGCGUUGAUCCAGCGCCUGAAGAGUGUGGAGCCAGUGCUGGAGCAUUUAAGAGAGCAAAAUGUUUUAUCUACCGAGGAGUACAGCGGUCUGAAGGCCCAGACGUCGGCCCAGCAGCAGACCGCCAGGCUCAUAGAGCUCGUCCUCACCAAGGGGAACGCUGCAGCAGAGGUCUUUCGCAACUGGAUCCAGAAAAACGACGUCCACCUGCUCCGAGAUCUCAUGGCACAAUCAAACGAAGCUGCGUCACCAAGCCAAGAUCUUUCAGACCUCCCCAUGGAGGAGCAGCUGCGACGCCUGCAGGAGGAGCGUACCUGCAAGGUGUGUAUGGACAAAGAAGUCAACAUUGUCUUCAUCCCAUGUGGACAUCUGGUGGUGUGCAAAGAGUGCGCGCCAUCGCUGCGAAAGUGCCCAAUCUGCAGAGGCCUGGUUAAAGGCACGGUCCGAACCUUCCUCUCAUAGCCAGGAUCCUGCAGGCCACAACGAUGUGAUUGAAUGUACGCAAUAUGAUGUAGGUUUAUAUACAGCUGACAGACAUAACAUGGUACCAUAGUGACAUAAAAAUUACAUUUAUAUUAUUACUGCUAUUAUUAUUCUAUUAUAUCCAUUGAUGUUAGUAGUAGUAGUCAUAUUUCUGCUAUUGUCAUUCCAUUAUAUUCACUUAUACUAUUAUUACUUUUAUUAGUUCUCUUUUCUGGUUGUCUGUUUCUCUCUCUUUCUUAGGGAUAUUCAUAAUUAACCAUUUAACCCUUAACUGACAAUGAUACUUUCGACCAAUCAAGACACACAGAUGACAAGCUAAACUAAUUGAUGCAAUGGAGACUAUGACAAUGCACGCAAUGUGACCGCUAACUCUACUGGACGAGCGAUCCGGGGAUAGACGCUGCAGCUGUCAAUGAGGGGUUUUACCUGUUUGUGCAUCGUUAUCUUUACAGCUUGUCGCUCUCUAACCAGAGCUCCGCUGCAUGCAGAGUACUAAUCUUGGAAAUUAACGGUUAAUGAUUUGUCUGCUAUAGGUCAGAAAAAAAACAAAGUUAGCAUCCCCUGUCUCUCUCUCACUUUCAACCCAAUCGGGUGAUGAAGAUGGAUAACUUGUUAUGAUUUAUCUGAUAGAGAUGUAAGAAUACAGUUGAUUUGAAUGUUCAGUACAAGUCUCAUUUUAAUAUCUGAUUUGAUAAUGGAACAUUAUUUAAUCUUUAUUAUAUAAAAUUGUAUUUUUACAACUGGGUAAUGUAUUAAAAACCAGUAUCAUAUUGUUAAUGGGUAUAUUUUCAUGUUUUCAGUAAAUCUCACAAUAUGGAAAAUGUAUGAAAAAUCUCAUCAAUGUUCAAUGCAAUGAACUGUGUUCUUUAAUUCAUUACAUAAGACACAUGCAUUUAUACAUGCACUUAUUUUCUCAACACAUGAAUUUAUUAUUUCAAAUGGCACAAGAGUGUAUUAUACAAACCAGCCCUGACUGAAUCAGGAUUAUCUAAACUAAACUUUAUGAACUUUGCAAACUUUAAUAUAUUAUAUAUAAUUGUAAAGCAUAUUCUCACUUUCUGUAUGAAAAUCCAACGAUCAAAUUAAAGUGGCUUUUGUUAAUUACUUCA